AUGAGGGGGCGGGGCCACCCCCUCUCUCCCCACCUUGCCGGGACCCAUAGAGGAAGUGGUGGUAAUCGGCGGAAUCAGAGUGAAGCCUUUCCGUCGAAGGUUUCCUUUAAGAUCACGCUAACGUCGGACCCGCGGCUACCGUACAAAGUACUCAGUGUUCCUGAAAGUACACCUUUCACAGCAGUCUUAAAGUUUGCAGCAGAAGAAUUUAAAGUUCCUGCAGCAACAACUGCAAUCAUCACCAAUGAUGGAAUUGGAAUAAAUCCUGCACAGACUGCUGGAAAUGUUUUUCUAAAGCAUGGUUCGGAACUGCGAAUUAUUCCUAGAGAUCGAGUUGGAAGUUGUUAA